AUGUCUGAAAGUUAAAUUGAAUUUUUAUAAGGGUAAGUAAUUAGCUUAACAAAAGAAAAUCAUCUGUUAAAAGAAGACAUUUUGGCAUUCCAUCAUUUUUUGAACAAUAGAGUAAAGGAAUUGAAAUCAUACCUUAGAGAUGUCCCUAAUAGAUAUCUUAAUAUGGAGUUGUGUGAUAUUACAUAAGCUUUAUUAUUUGUUAAGGAGGAUGCUGAAUACUAUCAAAUGAACAUGAAUACUCUCCAGCAUGAAAUUAAAUAACUUAAGAAUUAAUGUGCUGAAUUAAAAUAACUAUUGCUUGAAUAGAAAGAUAAAUAUUAACAGCAAUAAUAAAAUAUUGAAACUAACUUAACAGAAUAAUACUCCAAAGCUUUGAAGGAACUUUAAGAGAAUUUAAAAUUGGCCUCUUCAAAUUGCGAUAUAUAUAGAAACUCGAUGAAUCUUCUAGCUUAGGAAAAAACAACUUAUGAAUAGUAAAUUAAAAGUCUCUAAAAUGAAAUUUAAAAACUAAAGAAGUAACACGAAAUAGAAAAAAAUGAAUUAUAAAUGAUGAUAGCUAGAGGAAAAUCGUAAUUGUCUGAUUUGGAAAAGACAUAUAAUAUCCGAUUGCAUAAGGUUCAAUAGUCAAAUUUCGAGGAAUACUAAACCAAAUUAAAGAAUUAGGCCAAAGAUAUAAAUGAAAAAGGUAAAGUAUAUAAUUUUUUAUUAGAUUAAAUACGAGCAGAAUUAGAAAAGAAGAUUUCAUCAUAUGAGAAAUUUAAUGGAGAAUUGUAAUAGGAUUAUGAAAUUAUCCUAAAUUAAUAGUCAGAAUUAUAAGAAAUAAUUAAAAAGUAAUUAACAGAAAUUUAGGUUCAAUCAUAAUUAAAUUAUUAACUUCAUGAUAAUACUAAAUAAUUAGAAUCUACAAUUUUUGAUUUAAAAUAAUCAAUUGCCUUAUUAAAAGAUGAAAUGCAAUUAACUUAAUAGGAACUUUAACAAAAGGUUAAGGAUAUUGAUUUGCAAAAGGAAAUUUAGAAUUAAAUUUUAUUUGAACUAAGUACCAUUGGCACAAUAAAAAUUUGUAUUAUGAAAUAAUCAUCUGUGAAAUCCUAGAUUUUGGAAUUAAUUAAAUUAAUAAAAUAGGAAAGUUAAGAAAAUAAAGCUGAAUAGAAGAAGCUCAACGAUUAAGUUAUUAAAUUGCAAGAUAAUAAAUUAUAAUUGUAAGAGGAAUAAGCAUAACUAAUAUUUCAAAAUGAAAUCUUUUAAUAAAAAAUAUCUUAAUUAUAAGAUUAAAUAGUUGGUUAAUAAGAAUUUGAAAUUAAAUAUAGAAAACUUGUAAAUGAGAUAGUAUACUUAGCUUAAACAGACCCAAAGAUAAUUAAAUCUCUUCAAAAACAUAUAUCUAUUGACUUUUAUAAAGAAUACACUAAUCUUAAUAAAAUAACAGAAAAUGAUCAAAAUAGACCUUUGUUUCUUUUGGCAAAUUAAUAAGAAUCAAUUGAUAUUGAAGAAGAUUCUAAACCAAAAAAAGGAUAAGAAAAUAAGCCAUAGUAAAUAGAUAGAUUAAAUACUUUGAUGGAUGAAGUGAAAAGUCAGAAAUAAUUUGAACUGCAAGAAUCAGAUUAAAACUUAUCAUUUUAAUGGAAGAACUCAAUUAGAAUGACUUUAACUCCUAGUUUAUAUAAUGUAAAAUAAGAGGAUUAAAUACAAUUAAUUGAAGAUUUUCGAGCAGAUGCCCAAACGUAAACAGAUAGAAAGAAGUAUAUGUCUAAAUUUUUACCUCAUGAUAAUCUUGAUGAAAUAGUGGAGGAAAUUAAAUAAGGAUAUUUAGGUUAUAUAGAUACAUCUGAUAUUCACACUCAAACUGAUCUAUUUGUGGAAAAUAAAUCUACUUAAACUGCUUAAAAGAAAAUAUUGAAUAUUGAUGAAAGCAAAGAAAAAAAAUUAUAAAUUAAUUAAAUAUAGCAAAUCAAAAAUAUUGAUUCUAAUUUAUCUAAACAAAUUGAAGCACAAUAAACAAAGAUACUAUCCUUAAAUAAAAUUAUUAAUGAUUUAGAAGUAUAUAAUAAUAUCAAUAUAGCUCUAAUUAAAAGAAUCCUUGUUUUUGAACGAUAAAUAUAGUGAAGAUUUUGAAGUUAAAUCCAGAGAAUUAUAAAGGUUAAAGGAAUUGAGCAAAAAUUAGCUAUAAAAUUAAUUAGUCGAUUAUGAAAAUAAAUUAGAAAGCCAAUCAAAUUAAUAUAAAAAUUAAAUAAUCACCCUAUAAGAAGAAAUCAAAACUCUUUAAAUUAAUUCAAAUUCAAAAAUCAAAAAGCAAGAUGAAAUAAUUAAAAGAUAAGAAGAAGAAAUUUUCAAUUAUAACAAUUUCAUUAAAGAUCUAAAUUGUUAAUUUGAAGAAGGAAAUAAAAAAAUAGCUCAAUAAAAUCAAAAGCUCUAAAAAUAAGAGGAAUUAUUUAAAAUAAAGACAGAAGAAUUGACUUAAUAAAUUAAUGAUUUACAAAGUUAAUUUAAUAAUCGACCAAGUAGACAAGAUGAUUUAGAUAUGAUAAAAUAACUUGAAAAAGAAAAUGAAGAUUUAAAGGAAUAAAUAUAAAAUAACUUUGCAAAAAUAGAAUACGCUAAUGAAAUAGUGAAAUAUCUUUAAAUAGAAGUGGAAAAUUAUAAGAAAUAGUAUAAUUUAUUUUCAAAUCAUAAACCAAAUAAUUUUCCAAAAAAAAAGAUUUUAUUUGAUUCAACUUUGGAAGAUGAAAAAUCUAUUGUUUUUGAUAGCAAAUAAGAUUUCUUACCCACUGUCACAAAUCGAGAUUAAUUCAACUCAACAGAAAAAAACAGAUCUCAAAGGGGAAAAAGUUAUCGUUUAUCUGAUUUUGAAAUUAAGCAACAUACUACAAAGCACUUUUUUAAAAAUGCUCAAUAAAUUAAAAAUAACUUAAAUAAAACCUAAUUAGUUUAAAGACCUAACUCACCUUCAAUAACUAGAAAUAUAAAGUAUUUAUCAACAAUGUAAAAAAAGUUUAAUAAUCCUUUUGAAAAUGAUUGUAUUUUGCAUAAUGCUGAAAUUUUGGUAGAGAAUAUUAAAGGUAAUACACCAAAAACAAAAUACACUCAAAAAUCAAAUGAUUAAUUUUUUUUAAAAGGAUAAUUAAUAUAAGUUGAGUUAAAUUCUACUACAAAUUCUAAUAAAAAAUUUGAUUUAUAUCAAUAAAAAUCAUGA